UGCGCAACCGAGGCCCAUCGGGCGAGAUCACCGCCCCCCACCGUCCCGGAGCGCCGGCGUGCGGCGAGCCUCGAGGGCGACGCCGCCUCUCCUCACGAGCCACGACCGUGAUGCUCUGAGGCCGAGGCCGAGGCCGACGCCGACGAGGAGGACGAGCCGAACGGCCCGAACCAUCCGCCGCCCGCUCGCGUUCAGGGGUAGGAGGGGUUGGGGGGAAGAGUAGUGAAUAGUGAUCAACAACCAGCCUCCAUGGGAAGCCCCCCGCGGCGAGCCAAUGCGCUGGGCUGCCUGCCACGGCGGUUGUGCAUGUCCAUGGCAUGUCCAUUGAAAUUUUGCUCAGUCUUCCUCUUCGAUAGGAGAGCAUGGCCUCCUGCUUAUUCCCUCGUAGUCCUCCCAUGCACCGAUGAAGUGAUUGAGCGAGUCAUCUGUUACAUUGGGGGUGGUUAAGUGGUUUGCUGGGUUGGGUUGCAUUGCAGCCCUGCGGCCUCGAAGGAAGGCACUUCAGAUGUUCGAUGAAAUGCUUCACCUGUAGCCUCCUGCCUGGCACUUUUUCAGGCGCGAUGUCCUGAGAGAAGGAAAAAUACAGUGCGCCGGAUAAUUAUCGUAUCUUGCUUACUGCAUUCUUGGCAGUUGGGCUGCACAGUGGUGACUCUAUAAGUCAACAAUCGUCUGUGGUUGGUUCUGUUGGGGGCAACAUCUAUAAUCUAUUGCAUAGAAUAGCCAAUGAUCUUUCACUUGUCAUCUUUCUUUAUUUAGCUGGGGCCACUUUGCGAGGAAAAAAAAAGUAUACCAUAUGUCUAUAUAUACCUCCUAUGAUGGAAUGGAAGUAUGCAAUGAAGAAGUAGUAAUCAAGUGCAAGAAGACGCUAAUUCAUCUGUAGCUGAUGGUGGUUGGAGGCUUUGUGGACUGGAGGGGAAACCCGAUAGACAGAAAGGUACAUGGAGGAGUCAGAGCUGCAUGGUUUAUGUUCUUUCUGUCAGUGGUAACAAACAUGGAAAAUAUUCCAAACAUGCUGAAUUUGGUUACAUAUCUCCAUGGAACCAUGCAUAUGGGAGUUUCAAGCUCUGCAACCACAGUUACUAACUUCAUUGGUGCCACAUCUGGAUUUGCUUUAUUAGGAGCUUUCCUCUCAGACUCGUACAUCACUCGCUCUAGAACCAUACUACUCUUUGGUCCGUUGGAGUUUCUGGCUCUUGGAUUGCUCGCUCUGCAAGCCUACCUCCCCUCACUCCAUCCACCACCUUGCAAUAUUGAAGCAGAGCUAAGCAACUGCGAAGAGGUUCAUGGCUUCAACACCGUCAUAUUGCACAUAGGCUUGUACACCUGGGCAUUCAGUGAAGGCUGUAUCCGUGCUUGCACGCCAUCACUUGGAGCAGAUCAGUUUGACCAUGAAGAUCCCUCUGAAUCCCGCCAACAAUCCAGUUUCUUCAACUGGUUCACCUUUGGAAUCUCCUUAGGAGGAUUUAUAGGAUUGAUUCUAAUAGUGUGGCUCGAGAACUACAAGGGGUGGGACAUUGGAUUUGGCGUGUGUGCACUGCUAAUUCUUCUUGGGUUGCUCAUAGUUGCCACUGGCCUCCCUUUCUACCGUAAUCAAGUACCAGAAGGAAGCCCUCUAACUCGGAUACUGCAGGUUCUUGUGGUUGCAUUCAAGAACAGGAAAUAUGAACUUCCCGAGAAACUUGAGGAAGCACAAGAAAACCGUAAUGGACUGGAUUCUAUUGAAGUACCACGUCCUACAAAUUUUCUGAAAUUUCUUGACAAAGCCUCCAUCAACCAUGGUGAAGAUGGAGCCUGGUCAGUUUGCAGCACAAUGAAAGUGGAGGAGACAAAGAUUGUUCUUCGAAUGCUUCCCCUCUUCAUCAGCUCCAUGAUCGGUUAUAUCUCAAACCCUCUGCUCCUCACUUUCACUGUGCAACAAGGUAGCAUGACAAACACAAGGCUGGGCAAGAUACAUAUCUCCCCCGCGACGCUCUUUGUGAUCCCCAUCACAUUCCAGAUGCUAAUGCUCGCCGUCUAUGAUCGCUUCCUUGUUCCGUUCAUGCGCAAGCGCACAGGAUAUGCCUGCGGUAUCACUCACCUGCAACGUGUUGGCUUAGGCUUUGCCUCCAUGAUAGUUGCAUCGGCCGUUGCAGCAGUCGUCGAGAGAAAGAGGAAGGAGGCAGCUGUGCAGAUGUCCCUCUUCUGGCUUGCACCUCAGUUCUUCUUGCUUGGCGUGUCAGACGUUACAUCGUUCGUCGGGCUGCUUGAGUUCUUCAACAGCGAAGCACCAAAGGAUAUGAAGUCCAUUGGCACGGCGCUGUUCUGGUGCGAGCUGGGUCUCGCUUCAUGGAUGGGCACGUUCCUGGUGGAGCUGGUGAACAAGGCUACGAGGCAUGGACACCAUAGAGGGUGGCUCGAGGGUACAAGCUUGAACAACAGCCACCUUGACUUGUUUUACUGGGUGGUUGCUGUUAUCGGGCUGCUUGGCUUCUUGAAUUACCUGUACUGGGCGAAGAAGUAUGCCUACCGGCACAAUCCACGCAUGGUCACCCCAUCAGCUGAUCAGGACUCACCGUGAUAGAUUUGAUUGCUCUUGAAGCACCAUUUACUUCACAGAUGCAAAGCAAAAGGUAACCAUGUACUGAUGUAAGUUGUAUCAUGCUGUUUGUGUUCAGUUGAUUGGCUGGACUUGGUCGUUGAUCAUUUCGACUCAAAUGUACAUUUUGUACCAUUCCGACCCAAAUGUGUGUAAAAGUGGUCGUUUUCUGUGGCAAAAUAUAUCAUUCAGAGACAACUCCAAUACAACUGUAUGUCUAUGACCGUACAAAAUUUUACUAAUGCCCAAUUAUAUCUCUUCCUACUUUCCUGGUA